AUGACGACCGCCGCCGCCCCCCCCAAGCCCCUCGCCUCCUACCCCGCCAACCAAACCCUCUACAUCACAAACCUCAACGACCGCAUCCGCAAAGACGACCUCCGCCUCUCCCUCUACACCCUCUUCAGCACCUACGGCUGCGUCCUGGACGUCAACGCCCUCAAGACUAUGAAGGGCCGCGGCCAAGCGCACAUCGCCUUCCGCGACGUUGCCAGCGCCGCCCAGGCCCUCAGGGCUUGCAAUGGCAUGAACGUCUUUGGCAAGGAGAUGAGAAUCGCGUACGCAAAGUCAAAGUCGCACGCAAUCUCGAAGCUGGACGGGACGUUUAAGCUGCCGACGACGGCGGGGAGCGCGGCGGCAGAGGCGGUUGCGGCGGUGCCGUUUGUGGCGGUGCCGAGUGCGCCGGUGGAGGCGACGGCGACGGCGACGGCAGGGGUGAAGAGGCAGAGGGAUGAGGAGAGUGAUGAGGAAGAGGCCAUGGACGUGGAGGACGACGAUGAGUAG